AGACGACACCCAAUACCGUUACACCGGGUGUAACCAACGAGCUAACGUUAGGCUAGUUAGAUGUAGCAAGCUAGCUUUAGAUUCCUGUCGGCGUACGCAGCUGCAAAAUGAACAUUAAAACAUACGAUUGAUGAGGGAUACGUGUGAAGCUCGCUGGUGACACUUUAUCUGACAAACACAGAACUGCUGUCGUCGACGUGUUCGGUUUAACGUCAGUGUUUUUCAUCGUUAGCUGUGUUGGUCAGUUAGCCUCUUCAGCUAGCUAGGCACUGUAGCAUACGGGUGUCAAAGUUAGCCGUGACUUCCCCUGGUGUCUGGUUGCCUGGUCUUUCAUUUCGCACACGUCAAGGUAAACAUUUAGCCGUCGGUCCCUCAAGUCUGUUUCUUGAUUUUGGGGACUGUGAUGUCGGAGCCCAAGACCCCCACUCCCACUCCUGCAGGCGACACAUACAAAGGAUGGGUCUUCAAAUGGACAAAUUACAUCAAGGGUUAUCAACGGAGGUGGUUUGUCCUGAGCAAUGGGCUGUUGUCAUACUACAGGACCCAGGCAGAGAUGGGCCACACGUGUCGAGGCACAAUCAACCUGGCCACAGCAACUAUCACUGUGGAUGACGCCUGCAACUUUGUCAUCUCCAAUGGUGGGGCGCAGACGUACCACCUGAAGGCCAGCUGUGAGGUUGAACGUCAGCGCUGGAUCACUGCCCUGGAACUGGCCAAAGCCAAGGCGGCCCGCAUGCAGGCUGAGUCAGAUGACUCGGGUGAUGACUUUUCCCCAUCAUCCCCGCCAAUGGCACCUGGACAAGGUGGUGGGUCACAGAAUUCAGAAGUCCAGUCUGCUCUCAGAACACUAGGCAGCAAAGUGGAGGAUCUCAGCACAUGCAACGACCUAAUCUCAAAGCAUGGCUCUGCCCUGCAGAGGUCUUUAUCAGAACUGGACAGUUUGCGUCUGACUGGAGAGGCCGGGGAUAAGAUUCGUCAGGUGACAGAGAGAGCCACGCUGUUCCGCAUCACCUCUAAUGCCAUGAUUAACGCGUGUCGAGACUUCCUUGCUCUGGCCCAGGCUCACAGCAAGCGAUGGCAGAAGGCCCUUCAAGCAGAGCGGGACCAGCGGGUGAGGCUAGAGGAGACUCUAGAGCAGCUGGCCAAGCAGCACAACCACCUGGAGCGAGCGUUCAGAGGGGCUGCGCAGGCAAAUGCUACUGCAGACAAUAAAAGUGAUGUUGGGCCGGGAAAAGGUGAGGCCAGCGACGAGGAUGACGACAACGAGUUCUUUGACGCCGUGGAAGAGGCUCCUGAGUUCAUCACUGUACCUGCUGACCCCCAGUUCCACAAAAGGUCAAGCAGUAAUAUCAGCGGUUUCAACAGUGAGAUGUGUGCCGAUGAUCAAUCGCUUAAUGAGGAGCCACUGGCGAUGAACCAGGACUCUCCCUCUCAGGAGUUAGUGCCUUUGAAGAAGAGGCGGACGCGUAUUCCAGAUAAACCCAACUACUCCCUCAACCUGUGGAGUAUCAUGAAGAACUGUAUUGGCAAAGAGCUGUCCAAGAUCCCAAUGCCUGUGAACUUCAAUGAGCCCAUUUCCAUGCUGCAGCGGUUGUCAGAGGACCUCGAGUACCACGAGCUGCUGGAUAAGGCCAGCAAGUGCCAGAGUUCGCUGGAGCAAAUGUGCUACGUCGCCGCCUUCUCCGUGUCCUCCUACUCGACCACCGUCCACCGCACGGGCAAGCCCUUCAACCCUCUUCUGGGAGAGACGUAUGAACUGGACCGCCGGAGAGAGAGUGGCUACCGCUCUCUCUGUGAGCAGGUGAGUCACCACCCUCCUGCGGCAGCACAUCAUGUGAUUUCUGAUCGUGGCUGGACCCUGAGGCAGGAAAUCACUGUUGCCAGCAAGUUCAGGGGCAAAUAUCUCUCCAUUAUGCCUUUAGGCACAAUUCAUGCAAUCUUUGAAAAGGGCAACAAUCACUACACCUGGAAGAAAGUUACCACCACAGUGCACAACAUCAUUGUAGGAAAACUGUGGAUCGAUCAGUCAGGAGAGAUAGACGUGGUCAACCACACGACAGGUGACCGCUGCCACUUGAAGUUUGCUCCCUACAGCUACUUCUCAAGAGAUGUGGCCAGGAAGGUGACAGGUGUGGUGAUGGACAAGGAUGGCAAGGCCCACUAUGUGCUCUCAGGCACUUGGGAUGAGAAGAUGGAGUUUUCCCGAGUGAUGCAGAGCAGCCGAGGGGGAGAGAACGGCACAGAGGGCAAACAAAAGACGGUCUAUCAAACCCUCAAAGCCAGAGAGGUGUGGAGGAAGAACCCUCUCCCUGAGGGAGCAGAAACCAUGUACUACUUCACUAACCUGGCUCUGACCCUAAACGAGCCGGAGGAGGGCGUGGCGCCCACUGACAGCCGGCGCCGGCCUGACCAACGCCUGAUGGAGGACGGUCGCUGGGACGAGGCCAAUAGUGAGAAGCAGCGGCUGGAGGAGAAGCAGCGCAGCGUCCGGCGGGAGAGAGAGAGGGAAGCUGCCAGCCAGCGCACCUCCAGCGAGUCAGAAGAAGCUGUCGAUGAGGACCCACUUAAUGAUCCCUCCUUAAAAAGCGUACCUCAUGAAAACUACCAGGCACUUUGGUUCGAGCGCUGUGAGGACCGGAUCACAGGUGAGCAAGUCCAUAUCUAUAAGGGAGGCUACUGGGAAGCAAAGGAUCGUGGGAGCUGGGAGGGAUGUCCUGACAUAUUUUGACCUCGGCGUUGACUACAAUGUGCCCUGAAAAGGCCAAUCCAUCAAAGGUGCCUGGUGGACAGCUACCACAAAGGCCGGCUUGUCUCCCCCCUUGGACGGCUGCCUCCCUGCAGUGGCUCUCUGUUCUAAGAGAUCUCCAGGACAGUCACUGCUAUCUGAUCCAGAGGGGGAGCAGGGUUUUCCUCUGACCUCCCUCAUCCCAUUUUUGUUCCUGUGUCCUCAAGUCCCCCUGUUGCUGUCACACAUCUCAGAGGACUUGAAUAAAAAUGUCGAUGCUCCUUUGAGUCAGUUUCAGACUGAGCAUAAGGGGGAGGAAAUUAAAUUAGCAGUGCUUCCAAAUCUAGAGUAGAAUGAUUCUUUUUGUCUCUCUUGUCAAGUCUUUUCAGUCUCUUGGAUCAGGAGCAGUAGAGGUGUAGUGCUGAUAACACCUGUGAGAUAAUUUAGUGUUCCUAUUAUCAUCCACAGCAUUGUGUGCUUUGGUAAUAAUUCUAAGGGGGGGGGGGCUGGUUCAUAUAUACAUUUAUAUGAUUAAAUUUAAUUUAAAUGUCGACUGGUGGCCUUCAACAUUUUAGCGAGGAUUUCUUGUGUAUCUCUCUGAUUUAGUGUCUUAACGUAAUGAAGUAAAGUUUCUAGCGCGUUUGUGUAUGAAUGCAUAUCUGCUCUUCCAUCACUUUACAACACUGCCACUGUGCAGUAUACUGUGUUUAAAAAAAGAAAACGGUUGUCCAAAAUACUGGUUGAACCUGCACACUGCAACUAUAGGCCUAAACAGGCCCUUUGUCUUCGCCUUAGAAAUGAGCAACCUGCUCUCACUUGUAUUUACAUCUAAUCUGAGUGGAUAUGAUGCUGACAUUUGUUGCUGGUUUCAAGUACAAACACUAAAAUUUUAUUAGAAAUUGUUGGGAAAUGGCAAAAAGCUUGUUUCAGUGCUGAGGAAAUCUCACAUUAGUACAGUUGAAUUCGAUAACAAUCAUUGAUUAACAACCUCUUCACAGGAUUGGAAUAAUGUUUAGCCAUUUUGCAGAUAAAAUGAAUAGUAACAAAGUUACAUGGUAGUUAAAUGUUGUUUUUUUUUUUACAGUAAUUGAUGCUUGGUGUGUUUUUUGUGUUGAGAAGAACACAGACAAAUGUGCAAAGAAAAAUACUGAAAGUAAAUGCAGUGGUGAAAAUAAACAUCACACCCUUGUGUAUCUGCUCAAAUGUUCAUAUGCAAGUAAAUUCUGACACCAAAAACAUGGGAUGUAGUGGGAUGUGUCUUUGUUUGUUUCAUAAUUUUGUUUGUAAGUGUACUUAAAAAUGAAGAAUAAAGGAAGAACCAUUGCAAAUAACUAUGAUUUUAUAAAUGUAUAGAAAUUCAUAUAGUAUUGAACUGUAUUGUUGGUUCCUCCUAUUAUUGGAAGAGGACUGUCUUCAUUUUCAGAAAAAAAGGGAGUUUCGUACUUAACUGAGACGGGAGACAUGACAAUGUUCAGUAUUUUGUAUUAACAAAGAAAAAUAAUCUGUAAUAAAAAAAUGCUGUGAUGUCAAACGA